GCGUCCCCAGGUCGUCGUAGGUUCAAACCCAGAAAUUAUGUUUUCGUUUCUCAGACGCUGGCGCAGAUGCAGCGACGGCCGGGCAUGAUGACGUACGCCACGGAGCUGAAGCGCGUGCUGGACGUGCUGGUGGAGAGCCACGAGCAGAAGCAGCGCUACGAGAACGCCUGCAAGGAGCUGACGGCCAGGGUGGCGGCGGACACGGAGCGCUCCAAGCAGGUCGCGCAGCAGGCGCUGCAGGACCAGCUCGCGGUGCAGCAGCAGAAGCAGGAGCUGGACGCGGCCUGGAGGCAGCUGGACACGAGCCACUCCAGGGAGCAGGAACUCCAGGAGCUGGUGGACGACCUGCGGCGCCAGGUCAACAAGCUCAACAUGGACUUGGAGCAGAAGGCGCGCCUCGGCCUGGACCAGGGCGACGACUUCGGCAUGCUGGCCAAGACGCGCGAGGGGCUGGCCAAGGAGCGGGAGAAGCUGUCGCAGGACGUGGUGACGCUCAAGGACCGGCUGGCCAGGGCGGCCGCCACGCGCGCCGAGCUGGAGCAGCAGGUGAACGUGUUCGAGCAGCGGCUGCAGGACCUGGCGCAGGAGAUGGAGGUGCAGGCCAACGAGCUGUCCAAGGAGACGAGGCUCAAGGAGAAGCUGCAGGACGAGGUGCGGUCGCUGCUGUGCGACCUGGAGCAGCGCACCGCGGACGCCGCCAACCUGUCCUUCCAGCUCGCGCAGGCCAACAAGAACGCCCACCGCGGCGAGGCGGCGCUGCGGGAACAGCGGGUGGCCAACGAGCGCCUCGCCAAGGACAACGAGUCCCUGACGGCCAAGCUGACCCGGGUGCAGACGGAGCUGGAGACGCAGGCCGUGGCGCUGGACAAGGCGGUCCACGACUCGCACCGCAAGAACGCCGAGCUGCGGGUCAGUCAGCACUGCUCAGCAGGCGGCGCGCUGCCUUCAGUUGGCGGCGGCGUGUCCGUGGAGCUGGCCGAGCAGCGCAAAGCGGCGGCCGAGGUGGAGCAGGCCUCUGCACAGCUACGCCAAGAGGUGCAUCGCUGCGAGGGGGAGCUCGCCGCCAAGGCCGCCGAAGUGGAGCAGCUGGCGGGCGACAACGACAAGUGCACGGCGCAGGUGGCGCAGUUGGCGCAGCAGGUGCGGCGCAGCAAGCGGGACGUGUUCCACCUGCAGGUGCUCGUCGAGAGCGGGCGGCGGCGCCUCCAGGAGGCUGACGGCCAGCUCGAGGCGGCGCGCAAGGACGGCGACGUGCUGCGCCUCGAGGCGGACAAGCUGACCAGGCAGCUGUCCCUGGCCAAGGACGACGGCCACGAGCUGCGCGACAAGCUGGAGGCCUCGCGCAGGGACGCCGCCCAGCUCAAGGACGAGGUGGCCAGCAGGGAGUACAUGCUCUUCAAGAGCCGCACGGAGCUGCAGCGCUCGGAGCGAGACCGCGACAGCCUCCGGCUGCAGGCGCAGGGCCUGCAGCUCCAGGCCCGCGACGAGACGGCGCUGCUGGCCACGCAGCUGAUGCGGCGCGGCGAGGAGGCGCGGCUGCUGCACGAGAAGACCCUCAUCCUGGGGUCCGUGCUCGCCAAGGGCAGGGACAGCUACGAGCGCCGACUGGCCGACGUGCGUCUGCUGCGGAUCCAGAUCAAGCGCUUGCGGCUGGAGAAGGCCAACCUGGCCGCCAUGAUCCGCAACUCGGCCGAGCUGCGCCUGGAGCUGUACCAGACGAGUAGGCAGCUCACACACUCGCAGGUCAAGUGCCGCGCCCUGGAGGAGGAGCUGCACACGCCGCUCAACGUGCACCGCUGGAGGAAGCUGGAGGGUACGGACCCGGCGCACCACGAGCUGGUCAUGAAGGUGCAGCUGCUGCAGCGGCGUCUGCUGUCGCAGUCGGCGCAGAUCCUGGUGCGGGAGGCCCAGCUUCGCGAGGCGGAGCAGCGCCAUCUGCAGCUGCAGGUGGAACUGUCUCGCGCACCGGGGCCCGAGCUGCAAGAGCAGCUGCAGCAAGGCCAGCGUCUGCUCGCCGAGCGAGCGCGACGGAUUAAGUGUCUGUCUUCAGAGGUGAAAAUGCACGAGACCAGGGCCGAGGCACAUCAAGUGGAGCAGCAGAAAGCGCAAGAAGAAAUUGCUACUCUCAAGCAAAAAUAUUUUCAACUGAAAAAACGCGAGCAGCAGCUGCGUGAACUACACAGCACUUGCCAAGGUGGCAGCUUGACGCUAUCGCAACUACUGGGAAGGGCCAGGGUGUUGGGCGGAGGGUACAACUUGUCCCUGCAACCUCCAAGGGAACAAGACGAGUUUGAGGAAAGCCAAAUUGUGGAAGAGACGUAGUUACACACAGGAAUCAAAUGAAUUAUGUUGUUUUAUUGUUUACCAGAUGAUAGAAUUGUUUAUAUUAUUUUAGUACAAAUAUAAG